GACAGAAAACAACAAAAAGAUGCACGAAAUAUGCCUCAAUCAUUUGCUGCAUUCUAAGAGAUCCUGAAUAAAAUCAAUAAAUAAAAUGCCAAAACUGACGACAAAGAAGAACAAGAUGUUGGGGCAUCUCUCAAGAACAGGAGCAGUCAAACAAGUGUAUAGACAACUCAGGUCAAAAUCUAUCCCAUCAACUGAUAAAAGUGAUGGAACCAUACCCAUAGCCGCCUCUGAUACUCAUGACACGACCAACAAAGAUAUCAAAGCAAUUAUAAACAAGCUGACAAAUUUGUACUCGCAGAAUGCCAACGAGAAGAACGCUAUUGCACAGAAGAAGUACAUGAGGAACCAGUUUGAGUUUUUUGGCCUUAUGUCUCCAGAGCGAAAGCAAAUUGACAAAGAGGUUUUACAAUGUUCUCCGAAACUUUCGUUAAAGGAUACAAGAGAACUACUAUUGUCGUUAUGGCAACAAGACCAGAGAGAAUUCCAGCAAUUUGCCUUGACGUAUGCAACCAAGUAUAAAGAACGUCUGUGUGGGGAGACAAUAAACGACUGUUUGGAAUCGUUAGAAUGUAUUAAAAAACUUAUAACUACUAAAAGCUGGUGGGACACCAUAGACAUGCUUUGCCCAAAAGGACACUUUAUACUGAAACAUAGGGCUGAGCUGUCCCCGGUAAUGGAUGAAUGGAUCAUGUCGGACAAUAUGUGGCUUCGGAGGUGCGCUAUAUAUCAUCAAUUGUAUUAUAAAGAAAACACUAACCAGGACCAGUUAUUCAGGUAUUGUAAGGCCUGCGCUCACGAGAAGGACUUCUUCAUUAGAAAGGUUAUUGGAUGGUCCCUCAGAUCCUACUUCAGAACAGACCCAGACGCUGUGAAGACAUUUGUAAAAGACAAUGAAAUAAUUCUUUCGACGUUGAGUAAGCGAGAAGCAUUGAAGCAUGCCUAAGACCGACACCAGACCAUGGUCAUUUUAAUUUGACUCCGAAUGUAAUCAAGAUUCGUCUUCGACUUUUAUGAUCAAAGAUGGAAAAAAUUGAAAAUAAUUAAUUUUGUAUAUGCAACUUCUAUAUUUUAAAAAUAGUUUUUCAAUAACGCUUUGUCAAAAAAAAUUAAUUUGUUUCUGCAU